CAGGUGCGCUGGUCCCGACCGCACCCGGAUCGCAGGGAGUCGUCACUGGAGAGGGGCUUGGCGCCCGGCGGGGACUGCAGAGCGGGACUGCUGCCUCUUCAGCUUCCUCUCUGACGUGGCCUGACUGGCCGGCGAUGGAGGCUGCCUGCAGGGUGAACGCAGGGAGAGACCUGGGGCAGAGGCUGGGGCAUGAUCGCUGUUCUGUCCUGGAGGCUGACCCCGCAGAUCCACCACGACGGCAUUGAAUCUUCCCAGCAGCCCUAUGGGGCGAUGACUCAGGAUGCAGCCAGGGGCUACGACGUGCACAGAGGACCGCAUCCAGCACGCCCUGGAGCGCUGCUUGCAUGGACUCAGCUUCAACCGUCACCGGUCCUCCUCCUGGUCAGCUGGGCUGUGUCUGAACUGCUGGAGCCUACGGGAGCUGGUCAGCAGGGAUCCAGGCCACUCCCUUAUCCUCCUGGAACAGAUCCUACAGAAGACACAAGAGGUCCAAGAGAAGGGCACCUAUGACCUCCUCAACCCCCUGGCCUUGCUCUUCUACUCCACUGUCCUCUGUACACCACACUUCCCGCCAGACUCAGAUCUCCUUCUGAGAGCAGCCAGAACCUACUGCCAGUUCCUGACCUGGCCGGUUCCUUACUGCAGCAUCAGCCAGGAACUGCUCACCUUCAUCGAUGCCGAACUCAAGGCCCCAGGAAUCUCCUUCCAGCGGCUGGUGAGGGCCGAGCAGGGUCUGCCCCUGCGGAGUCACCGCAGCUCCACUGUCACCGUGCUGCUGCUGAACCCGGUGGAGGUGCAGGCGGAGUUCCUCGCCGUGGCCAACAAGCUGAGCACACCGGGCCAUUCACCCCAUGGCGCCUACAUCACCCUGCUCCUGCAUGCCUUCCAGGCCACCUUUGGGGCCCGCUGUGACCUCCCCAGCCUGCACUGUAGGCUGCAGUCCAAGACCCUGGCGGAGCUUGAGGACAUCUUCACGGAGACUGCAGAGGCCCAGGAGCUGGCGCCUGGCAUCGGGGACGCAGCCGAGGCCCGCCAGUGGCUCCGGACCAAGCUGGAGGCCGUGGGAGAGAAAGCCGGCUUCCCCGAUGUCUUGGACACUGCGAAACCUGGCAAACUGCGCACCAUCCCCAUCCCUGUCGCCAGGUGCUACACCUACAGCUGGAACCAGGACAGCUUCGACGUCCUACAGGAGAUCCUGCUCAAGGAACAGGAGCUGCUGCAGCCGGGGAUUCUGGGGGACGACGAGGAGGAGGAGGAGGAGGAGGAAGAAGAGGAGGAGGAAGAGGACUUGGAAACAGAUGGGCAGUGUGCCAAGAGGGACUCACUGUUUUCCACCAGCUCCGAGGCCUCCCGUGACUCCACCCUGUCCCUUGCCUCGUCCCAGGCCUCUGGGGCCACCCUCACCCGCCAGCUGCUGACCUCCUUUGUCUCGGGCCUCUCGGAUGCCGUGGACAGUGGCUACAUGGAGGACAGCGAAGAGAGCUCCCCUGAGUGGCCCAAGAGGCCUGGCAGUCGGGAGCACCGGGGCUACCGCAGGCCCGGGCAGAAGUUUAACAGGAUCUAUAAACUCUUCAAGAGCACCAGCCAGCUGGUUCUGCGCAGGGACUCUCGGGGCCUGGAGGGCAGCUCGGACUCUGCGCUGCCCCUGCGGCGGGCGGGGAGCCUCUGCAGCCCCCUGGACAGCCCGGCACUGCCCCCCGCCCGGGCCCAGCGCUCCCGCUCCCUGCCCCAGGCCAAGCUCAGCUCCCAGAUGCCCAGCUGGCUCCUGGCCCCCGCCUCACGCCAUCAGCGCCGCCGCCCCUUCCUGAGUGGGGACGAGGACCCCAAGGCGUCCACACUACGUGUUGUGGUCUUCGGCUCCGACCGGAUUUCAGGGAAGGUAGCUCGGGCCUACAGCAACCUGCGGCGGCUGGAGAGUAACCGCCCUCUCCUCACACGGUUCUUCAAGCUGCAGUUCUUCUACGUUCCCACCAAGCGAAGCCAAGGGACCAGCUCUAGCGUCUCCCCAGCCCCUCCGAGCCAGGCACCCCCACCGCCCCCAGACUCCCCGAGGCACCCCAGCCCUGCGGAGCUGGGCACAGCCCAGUGGGAGGAGAGCACCAAUGAUAUCUCCUACUACCUCGGCAUGCUCGACCCCUGGUAUGAGCGCAACGUGCUGGGCCUCAUGCACCUGCCCCCCCAAGUCCUGUGCCAGCAAUCCCUGAAGGCGGACCCCUGGCCCCUGGAGGGCUCCCCCGCCCAGCUGCCCAUCCUGGCCGACAUGCUGCUCUAUUACUGCCGCUUCGCGGCGCGGCCCGUGCUGCUGCAGGUCUACCAGACAGAGCUGACCUUCAUCACCGGGGAGAAGACCACGGAGAUCUUCCUUCAUUCCAUGGAGCUGGGUCACUCUGCUGCCACGCGAGCCAUCAAGGCUUCGGGACCUGGCAGCAAGAGGCUGGGCAUUGAUGGGGACCGGGAGGCCGUCCCUCUAACACUACAGAUUAUUUACAGCAAGGGGGCCAUCAGUGGCCGGAGUCGCUGGAGUAACAUGGAGAAGGUCUGCACCUCCGUCAACCUCAACAAGGCCUGCCGGAAGCAGGAGGAGCUCGACUCCGGCGUGGAGGCCCUGACGCUGAACCUGACAGAAGUGGUGAAGAGGCAACACCCCAAAUCCAAGAAGGGCUUUAACCAGAUUAGCACCUCGCAGAUCAAAGUGGACAAGGUCCAGAUUAUCGGCUCCAGCGGCUGCCCCUUCGCAGUGUGUCUGGACCAGGAUGAGAGGAAGAUCCUGCAGAGUGUGGUCAGGUGUGAAGUCUCACCUUGCUACAAGCCAGAGAAGAGGAGCCUUUGCUCGCAGCCGCAGAGGUCACCCUACCCCCCGGCCCAGGCCGCGCCGGACCUCUGUUCCCUCCUCUGCCUGCCCAUCAUGACUUUCAGCGGAGCUCUGCCCUAGUGAGCCGGCUCCAGCCUGGACAGAAAGCCCGAAGCAGCCUCUUCCGAGCCUCCGGACCGUCUGCUGUGGGGGUCUCGCUCCUUGUGGAGAACCAGAUGGCCCUGCGCUGAGUUCGAGUCCUGCUGUGGCCCUGCACUGGGCAGGGGACAGGGUGUCAGUGUUUCUGGAGCCUCGGGUUCUAGGGAGAGAGGGGCGUGGCCACACAGCCCCUCAGAGUCCUCGAGGUAGGAAGGAGAGCUGACCUCUGAAGGCCCCAGACACUGACACAGGCAAGUAGACUUUCUAGAAGAAAGAUCGGAGACUCUGGUGCUCUGGGGUGUGGUUUUGGCCUCUCCUCCCGACCUGCGGCCGAGCCCACUCCUUCCUUUGUCAAAGACUUGGGAAACCCUUUGUGUCUGGGGUCCAGGCCCCUUUACUCUAGAAACGUGAUGAGACUUUUCAUUCCCUUCACCACACCCUUAUAGUGUUCGAACAUUUUUACAAUGAAAAUGUAUUUAUAAAUUAUUUGUAUAAUUUUUUUAAACACUAAAGUUAAAAAAUAUGUUGAUAGUGUUUAAAGUCAACCCCCCAAAUAAGAAUGUCUAAAAGGGUGGCUAGAUAUAAAGUGCACCCCAAUUAGUGCUCACAUACUCCCUGGAACAACACUCCCGAAGUAAAGGUGGAAAACUCACAGCACACAUGCUGUUUCUUCCUUCCCAUGUGCACAGCAACAGUACCAGUUACUAACAAAUUCCCAGCUGAAGCUGAUGCUGCUGGUUCAGGGACCACACCUGUGAACCGGUGAUUUCCAGCGCAGCGGUGUCCUGUCGCCCCUACCUCCCUGGGCCAUGCACGUGAGACAUAAAACCAUAUAUAUAAAUAUAUGUAUAAACAUAUACAUAUAUAUGUGUGUGUCUAUACACACACAUAUAUAUAAAAUCCUAGAGUUAUAUAAAUCAAUCCUAUACUAAAUCUCUAUGUACAUUACUUAAUUUUUCUC